AUGGCCAUUUUGGAUCUAUUCGCAGCGUCUUCUGUUCCUGUGGUGAAAGUGCUUCUGGUGACUGUGUUGGGCUCGUAUCUUGCUGCAGAUCGCGUCAACAUUCUAGGAGACGAUGCUAGGAAGCAUUUGAACAAUAUUACGUUCUUUGUUUUUAACCCAGCCCUCGUCUACAGCAACUUAGCCAGCACAUUAACAUUUGAAAGCAUGGUUGAGUUGUGGUUCAUGCCCUUUAAUAUCCUCAUCACCUUCAUAUUUGGUUCUGUGCUAGGAUGGGUGGUCAUUCAAUUCACGAGACCGCCUUCCCAUCUUCAUGGACUCGUUAUAGGUUGUUGUGCUGGAGGGAACUUGGGAAACCUGCUUCUGAUCAUAAUCCCAGCAGUGUGUAGAGAGAGUGGAAGCCCUUUUGGCGACAGUGAUGUUUGCGUCAAAUACGGAAUGGCAUACGCCUCACUCUCGAUGGCAAUAGGAGCAAUUUAUCUGUGGUCCUAUGUAUACAAUAUCAUUAGAGUAUCCUCAAGUCGGAGCUCAAGGGAAGUCGAGAUCAUUGACUCUCCCACCCAUAAGUCAUCGUCGUCUGGGAAGAGCCUCACAGAUCCUUUACUUUCUUCGAGCGUUUUGAUUGAAACUGAAGACCAUGAAAAGGGAUUAGGACAUGGAAUGGCUCCAUCCCUGCAAUGA